CGUUAGAUUGGGGCUGUGUGGAUGCGAGCGUCCUCACCGAGUAGCGAGACAAAGCAGUUUUCUUGUUAUGAACUUCUUCCUCCUCUUUCCGCGUCAAGGUCUUCGAAAAAAGAGCUGAUUUCAAGAGCCAAACUAGAACUGCUACAGGAGUCGUCCGCAGUAGGCGAUUGCACUUUUGCACACAGUGGAUAGACUUGGCCACCAAGGGUGCAUGGAGAAUUCUGAUCGAUCAGAAGUUCUCGUCUAAACGCACAAAUAACAGUUUUAUGCGAAGGACGUGCUGAUUACAACAAUAACAUUGGAAAAUGGUUCAACAAAGGAUAUUCCGGGCGGUUAUCAUGGGACCUCCAGGUUCAGGGAAGGGCACAGUGUCGGGGCGCAUAGUAAAACGUUUCGGAUUAUCGCAUCUUUCAAGUGGAGACCUUUUGAGAGCCAACAUUAAAGCCCAAACAGAGCUGGGUCUUCUGAUGAAGUCAUGCAUCGAUCAGGGUCAGCUGGUACCUGAUGACGUCAUCUCCCGUCUCAUCCUGACAGAGAUGAGGAGCAUAGAGCAGAGCAGCUGGCUGCUGGACGGGUUCCCCCGCACCGUGACGCAGGCGGAGACUCUAGACGGCGUGUGCAGUGUGGACACAGUCAUCAACAUGGACGUUCCUUUCCAGACCAUCAAACAGAGACUGACCUCUCGCUGGCUCCACCUGCCUAGCGGACGCGUCUACAACAUCGACUUCAACCCACCCAAGAUCUCUGGCCUUGAUGAUGUCACUGGAGAGCCUCUGAUUCAGAGAGACGAUGACACACCAGAGACCAUCACCAGGAGGCUGAGGUCCUACGAAAACCAGACACAACCCGUGUUGGAGUACUACAGGAGCAAAGGGAUGUUGGAGACAUUCUCAGGAACGGAAACCAACAAGAUCUGGCCUCUAAUUCAGGCAUUUCUGUCCAAAAAACUCUUACCCCAAAAUGAUAAGGUUGUUGGGAAAGCCUAGAAUCCACCCUGGGAACGGAUGGAUUAGUUUAACACACCUUAAAUUGAACUUAACUCUUUGGUCCAAACCAUAGCAGUAUCUCUGUGCCUAUAUAAGACCAUGCCACUUAGUACAACAUAUUGUAGUUGGAUAAGGACCACUUGUUCAACCAAUGUCACAUUCUGUCUGUUCAUUCCAUAUGUAGCCUGAUCCCAGAUCUGUUUAUGCUGUCUUGCCAACUCUUAUUGUCACUGUCAAGCUAAACAUCGAUCCUAGUAGUUGGCAAGACAGCACAAACAGAUCUGGGAUCAGGAUACUCCAUAUGUAACUUGUUGCUAGGUGAUGUGGAUUUGUGUCCUUGGUCUGUGUGUGUGUGUGUGUGUGGGGGUGGACAGGACAGGACUUGAGGCUAAAGUGCCAUUAUGUGAAGUGGUCUUGAAUUAAUCAAUGUUUGUUGGGCCAAGUGCCUGUUGUCGACUGUACUUUAUCAUGUAGUAGAAGUUUUUAAAUGAUCGAAAAUGUGAAUCACCAUGCAGUUAUUAAUACAUUAAAAAAAUACUGAUUUUA